UCAUUCCACCUCUUUAACCAAACAAGGUACCUCCCCUCCAGCGAAUCAAACACAGCCUAAAACCCCUUGACUAAACCCUCGCCUCUUGGGCACUCUCUCCCCUUCUUCCACUCCACCGGCGGGAGUGCAGGGAUUGAAAAUAUAGACAGGGUGAUAAAUCAAGUAAAAAUCUUUUCAUCAUGGAAGAAGAACGCACAGAAUUGUUCAAGGAUGGCUCAGACAUUUGCCAACAGCUCAUGGACCGUUACGCCAACUCCGCCGCGCCGCAGCAUCGCCACCUUCUCGCCACCGCUGCAGCCAUGCGUUCCAAUCUUACUGCCGAGUCCCUCCCUCUCACGCCGCCGGCUUACUUUGCCGCCACUAUCUCUGCACUUGAUACUGCGUCUUCGUCUGAUUCCUUGGACCCUACUGCCCUUUCCGCACUCUUGUCUUUCCUGGCUAUCGACCUCCCUCUGGUGCAACCCGGUGGAAUUGCGCCCGCCAGGGCAAGUGAUGCGGUUGAAGUAUUGGUCAAGGUGGCUGAGAGGGAAGGGGAGGGACUGGCUGUCUCUAGCGUGAGGGCUGCGGUCAAGUGUUUAGGGGUUUUGGUGGCGUCUUGUGACUUGGAGCUUUGGGACACUGUCAGAUUGGGUUUCGAAGCACUGAUGAAGUUUUCCAUCGACAAGCGUCCCAAGGUACGAAGAUGUGCUCAAGAGUCUCUUGAAAAGGUUUUCAAGUCUUUCCAAUCUUCCAGAGUUGUUAUGGAAGCAAGCAAGUUCGUUUUGUCAGUGCUGAGAAGUUACAUGCCUUUGGCUAUGAACUUAGUCACUUCAAGGACCGGUGAUGGACCUAAAGAUGAUAUGUCUUCCAAACCUGAACACAUGGAGGUCCUUUAUGUGCUAAAUGUACUUAAGCUUACUGCUCCUUGUCUUUCUGCAAAAGUCAUUUCAAAGGUGCUUUCAGAAAUGCAUAAAUUAAUUGAUUCCCAGUUCUCGGCACUUACAAGGCAUGCUCUUAAAAUUAUUGAGGCUAUUUUUGAAGCUUCAAGAUCUGAAAACAUAGUUAUAGAGACAGAGAACAUUACAGUUUGUCUUACUUCAUAUGUGUCUUUGGGAGAUAAAAACCCCUUGGAUACUGUGAUUUGUGCAGCAACCUUGUUAAGCCGUGCAUUGGACAUGCUUCAUAUUGGACAAUCAAGCUCUUGGAUCAAGAAUCUUCCUCUUGUUUGUAGUUCUGUAAUGGGUCUUCUAACUUCUGAGACAAACACUGCAUCACAAGCUUCAAGUAUUUUGAAGGAUGUGCUGAAGCGUCAUGUGCACCCACUGAGCUUAUUAAUUGAUACAGAUCAAUUAUCCUGUGGUAGGAGUGGGGAUAGUUUUGAAAGCAGUGCGUUGAAAUCAACAUGCGCUGUUUUUGAGAAUGCCAUUUCAAGUGGUGUUGGAAUUCCAAAUGAGCAUAUUCUCUCUGUCAUAUCUGUUUUGUUUCUUGAGCUUGGGGAAAUCUCGUUUGUGCUUAUGAGGAAUAUUGUGCUUAAAUUUGCUGACUUGAUGGCCUACAAUUCUGAAGGUGGGAUGAGCGUGGAGUAUCUCCAGAAAUGUUUUGGUGCUGCUGUUUUUGCUAUGGGGCCAGAGAGGAUUCUUAUGCUUGUGCCUAUAUCUCUUGAUGAACACGACUUGAGUUAUUCAAAUAUCUGGCUGGUACCUAUUUUGAAGUGCUAUGUUGCUGGAGCAACCCUUACAUGCUACAUGGAUCAUAUCAUGCCUCUUGCGAAGUCCUUUAAGCAGGCUAGUCGUAGAGACAAAAAGUCAGCCAUUAGCCAAGAUCUGCAGGUUCGAGCGCAUGAGCUCUUGGCAUUGCUGCCUAGCUUUUGUCGUCAUGCAACUGAUACUUCCCAGAAGUUUUCUAGUCUGUCUGAUGUUCUUAUUACUUUCCUCAAGAAGAACCCCUCUAUGCAUGAAAAUAUUUCCAUGGCAUUACAGAUUCUUGUAAAUGAAAACAGAACUGCAAGCCAGAAAAAGAGCGUGUCAAACUGCUAUGCAGUGGAAGAUUCUUGGAUGGAGGAUGGAAUGUUACCUUCUUACUCAAAGAAAGAAGCCACUAGAAACGUCAAGGCUCUGGCAUCUUGUUCUAAUCAAUUGCUUAGUGUACUAACAGACUUAUUUGUAAAUUCACACUGUGAGAAUCACAUUUGUUUAAAGGGAGCUAUUGGAUGUCUGGCUUCUAUCACUGAUUCUUCUGUAACUAAAGAAAUUCUUGCGUCAUUACUUAAAAGGUUUCAAUUUAUUGACUACGAAAGUAAAUCCAAAGAGCUGAAGAAUGACAGUCAAACUUUAGAUAGUGAACCAAGUGACGCAGAGAGAGAUUCUCAAAGGCACCUGAUAUUGGAAUUGGCAUCAUCUCUUGUUGAAGGAGCGAAGGAUGAUCUUGUUGAGAUGAUUUAUGCUUUAACUAUAAACUCUUUUCAGGCAGCUAAUGAGCACAUUCAUCAUGAGGCAUACUGCACUUUGAGCAAAAUUUUGGAGGAACACACAUCUUUUUGGUCUUCCCGAUAUGGAGAGCUGAUUGAUUUCUUGCUGAAUCAGAGGCCUCCAAGUGAUUUUGCAUGUCUUAGAAGUCGAUUUGCUUGUUUUCAUACUUUGAUGAUACACAUGGUGAAGAUGAGCUUUGAGGAGGAGGUGGACUCAAAGGCCUUUUUAAUUCUCAAUGAAAUAAUUCUCACGUUAAAGGAUGGCAAUGAUGGAGCUAGGAAACAAGCUUAUGAUGUGCUCCUUGAUAUUGGUUCCACGUUGAGAGACUUACCAUAUGGUGGCCCAACUGAACCAUAUCAUAAACUCAUUAAUAUGAUAAUUGGGUAUCUUACUGGUUCAUCUCCGCAUAUACAAAGUGGGGCAGUGUCUGCACUGUCUGUUUUGGCGUACAAGGAUAUAGACAUCUUUCUCUCAGUGUCUAACCUUGUGCCAUCUCUUUUAUCUUUGCUGCACGCUAAAGCUGUUGAAGUCAUAAAGGCUGUGUUGGGCUUUGUAAAAGUGAUGGUCUCCUGCGUACAAGCAAAAGAUCUGCACAACUUCCUCUCAGAUAUUGUAACUGAAGUCCUCCCCUGGUCGUCUGUCUCAAGACAUCAUUUUAGAUCAAAGGUCACUGUCAUAUUUGAGAUAAUAACAAGGAAGUGUGGAGCUGCAGCUGUCAAGGCGGUUACUCCGGGGAAAUACAUGGGUUUUAUUACGACGGUACUAGAGAACCGCCAUGGCAGAUCAAGUACAAUGGAAGAUGUCAAGAAUGAUACAGAACAUAUGCCUGGAGGGCCUUCUGCCGAGGGGCCAGAGGCAGAGCAAAGGAAGAAGCCUAAGAAAUCAGAUUCUCAGGAGAAUGGUGCAGGCAAACUUAAAAAGAGAAAGAGGGAGAAGAAAUUUGUGACUCACUUGCCGAGCUUAAAUGAUCCUGUCAAGUCUCGUAGCAAUCAUGAAUCAAAUUUUGCUAAAAGAGCUAGGCAUUCUUAUAAUAAUAAUUCAAAGAAAGGAAGUCCUGAAGGAAGAAGAAGUAAGAAGGGCAACUUGAGUAGUAAGAAAAAAGGUCUCAGUGGUGGUGGGAUGAAAAAAGUAAAGCCGAAGAGUACUAAGAAGGAUAAGGCAGCUUCUCAUGGACCUAUGAGAUUUUCCAAAUCCCACAAGACGAAAGAGUAAAUCAAAGUUAAAUUGAAAGCCGAGAAGCAAUCUUCAUGAAUCAGAAAAGCAAUUGCUGCCAGUAAACAUGGCAUGUCUCCCAGGAAAGUAUUGGAAGGGAAGUUCGGCCACGAAGUUGUUAGCGUUGCGCCAAAGUUAUUGCAUUUUAAUGUCUAAGCAUAAAGUCCUCAGGCUGACCAAGUGUAAUUGAGUUGCUAAUUUUCAUCAAGCUCAACGUUUGAAUCUCUUGGCUAACUCCUCUGAAAGGUUUUUAAAUCAGAGGACUAAAUUCUACAGGCGCAAAAUCGGAGUCCAGAAGGUUGCGAAUUUUGUUCGUUUGUUAGAAACAUGAUUUUAUACUUGUAAUCCUAUUAAUAAUUAGAUUAGAAAAUAAAAUUGAUAUUUAAUGAUUAAAGUGUUUAUUGUGCACGUUAGUUUCUUGAUUGUUCUCUUACUAUUUGGUCUUUGGGAUAUUACCAAAUAUAGACAUUUCGGUUUUAUA